CAGCCAAUCAGAGGACAGAGAGCGCGGACUGAAGCGGUUCAUAGGAGUGGCGCUCUGCGUCUGAGCCUCAGAGGAAACUUGGAUCCGUUCAGAGACAGGACCGCAGAUCCAACUUCUGGAGACAUAAACCGGGUGUAUAAAGAGCCGGCGGAGGACUCGGGCAAAUAUGACAGACACCGCCGGUUGCGAGUUUGAAAUAGACGUGGAGAGUCUGGAGACGGAGAGCGACGACCCGUCGGACUCCCCCAGCCGCCCCGGAUCGGCGCCGCUCGGCCACUGCGAGGACGACGGAGACGGCAGCAAGGGCGACGACAAGCCGGGCCCCAGCGGCUCAUGUCCGGGGGACCAGAGGAAGCUGAGCCGGACGCCUAAGUGCGCCCGCUGCCGCAACCACGGCGUGGUGUCCUGCCUGAAGGGACACAAGCGCUUCUGCCGCUGGAGGGACUGCCAGUGCGCCAACUGCCUGCUGGUGGUGGAGAGGCAGCGGGUGAUGGCGGCGCAGGUGGCCCUGAGGAGGCAGCAAGCCACGGAGGAUAAGAAAGGAAUAUCUGGGAAACAAAUUCCAGCAGAAAGGAGGACGAUAUAUCAGCGACAUAUUCGACCGUCCACCAUGCUGGCCAAAAGCAUCCUCGAAGGAUACCGUCCAGUGCAGUCUGAUCCAUUUCUGGCGGCCAACCCGUCUCUCCCCCCACCGCUGAGCGACCGCAUGAGGAAGAGAAGGGCCUUUGCCGACAAGGAGCUGGAAACCAUCAUGCUGGAGAGGGAAUACAAAGAGCGAGAGCUGCUGGAGAACAGCCAGGCGACCACGGCCUCGCUCCUCUUCCCUAACAGCAUGGUCCACCACGCUGCUGAGUACAACUCCUACAAGACGGCCUAUUCACCCGCAGCUCAGGUUGAGCCGCAACCCAAAGAGAUGUGCAACUUCCUGGGCCCCAACUGCCUGGAUCUGUCCAUGCAGUACCCGGCUGGUUCAGCCAAUGUCGAGCUCAUCUCCUCCAACGUCAGCGUAGCCACCACUUAUCGCCACUACCCGCUGCAGCCAUCUCGAGGAGGCUUCAUGAUGUGGCCCCGCGGUGCCGCCAACCUGGGUGACGCCCUGCUUUACCAGCAGUGCCUGUUCAAUGCCACAGCGGUGCAAAACAUGAAGCCGGGGGCCGUGUGGGAACCCAAGGUGAUGCCUGCUGAGAGCCAGCCACCAGAACAGGAUGCUGCUGCUUCUCUGGCUGUCGCUGCUAAACUGGAAGGAUCCCGAGCCGCUGCGCUGCCGGACUCGACAGACCCUCAGAGAGCUGAUCCCAAACCUCAUGGUAUCGUCCAGGGAGGGCAGAGGGAGUGCUCUGCCUUCUCUCCCCCUAAGAGGAGCUUUGGACAAUCCUACCCCAACAACUCUCAUUCCCAAAACUCCAGCCAAGUCUUGAACAAGCUGAGCAAGGACAGUGCUAAGCUUUCCAUGAAACUCAACUCCUUUCACUCCCUGAUCCAGCACUCCCUGAGUGAAAAACCCAGUGCCGGGGCCGGGCCAGAGCUCAGAGCGCCAUACUGCAAAGAGUUCUUAGAGGAGGCCGCCCGCAAGUUUAGGGAAAGCUCUGCCAAGGACGUUCAGGCCGUCAAAAUCACAGACAGAUAUGCCAAAGACUUCCUGUCCAAGCCUGUUGGGACCAAGAUGGCAUCGAGCGAGUCUUUGUCCUUCUCUGUGGAAGCCAUACUGAAAAGACCCACACCUGCCAUGAGUCGAGCAUUCCAUUAAUUCCCAUUAAGUGUCUUUUCUUGCACUAUAUAUGACAGGUUUGUCUCAGUUAGAGGGCAUCUCUAGUUGUGGUUUUGGGGUCAAACAAAAACACAGGCACUGCAUCAGAAAUUAGACCAGCUAGGAGUUAUUUUCCUAAUGUAAUAUUUAUGUACAGUAUAUUAUAUUUUACAUGUGCAUGUUUAAUAACUUUAUUCUGUAGAGUAUUUAAACAUUAUCUCAAUG